GGAGGAGAGCAUGAGCAUUCUUGGUCGACAGUGGGACUUGGCCGCCACCACCGUGACCAAAUGCGAAAACUGGAAGCAUUCAAGGCAUCAUUAGCACCCCGCUAUCAUUCGCCUUCCGUUUUGUUGUCUCUUAGUGAUGUUCCGGCACCGUCACCUGCAUCACCAUCGGCAUCGCCAUCAGCAUCACCAUCACUAUCACCAUCGGUUAAUGGAGGAGCAAAAGUGUAUAACGUGACAUCAUAUGGUGCAGACUCAACAGGGAAAAGAGAUAGUACGGAGGCAUUUGUUAAAGCUAUAUCAGAUGCAGUUGCAGGCAGCAGUAGCGAUGGAGGCUUGAUUCAGGGAAUCGCUAAUCUUGGGGGUGCACAGAUUUACCUUCAAGGUGGCUAUUACCUCAUCAGCCGCCCCCUGCGCUUCCCCAACUCCGGCCUAGGUAACCUCAUGAUACAUGGAGGAACAAUAAGAGCUUCGGAUGAUUUUCCAAGUGAUGGGUAUCUGAUUGAUUUAUCAGGCAACCGCAACGUUGGAUCGUAUAACACAGAGUUCAUAACACUGAAAGACCUGAUGUUGGACUCAAACUACAGGGGUGGAGGCAUUCAAGUUAUAAACGGACUUAGAACUAGCAUUGAUAACUGUUACAUUGUUCAUUUCACCACCAAUGGUAUCUUAGUCCAAGGUGGUCAUGAAACCUACAUCCGAAACUCCUUCCUUGGCCAACACAUUACUGCCGGAGGUGAUCCCCGCGAGAGAAACUUCUCAGCCACCGCAAUCAACCUAAUGGGCAACGACAAUGCUGUGACGGAUGUCGUCAUAUUUUCAGCUGCGGUUGGAAUCAUGAUUUCAGGUCAAGCUAACACGCUUUCUGGGGUACAUUGCUACAACAAAGCAACAGGCUUUGGUGGUACUGGGAUUUACAUAAAGUUGCCAGGCUUGACACAAACUCGGAUAGUGAAUUCCUACUUGGACUACACAGGCAUCGUUGCAGAAGAUCCGGUGCAACUUCACAUCUCAAGUAGUUUCUUCCUUGGGGACGCAUACAUUGUUCUGAAAUCCAUAAAUGGCGUGGUGAAUGGAGUGAAUAUUGUGAAUAACAUGUUUUCUGGGAGUGAUAAAGGGAUCGAGAUUGUUCAGUUGGAUGAAAGAAAUGGGGAAUUCAAGGAGAUUGAUCAAGUUGUAAUUGAUCAAAACAAUGUGAAGGGGAUGAAGUAUAAGGCGACAGUUGCAAGAGGAAGCGUGGAGGGGAAUGGUACUUCAUGGAUGGUAGACCUUAGUUCAACUCUAUUAUUCCCAAACCUUAUAAACCAGGUGCACUACACAUUAUUAUUAAAAUCAAGCACUAGCACUAGCACUAGUAGCAGCAGCAGCAGCAUUUCUUCUUCAUUUCCUAAGCAUGCCUUGCGUAAUGUCUCUAAUAACCGCGUUGUGAUUGAGUCCGAUGUGCCCAUUCCAGCAAACGUUUUUGUGAUGGCGGAUCAAGGAAUUUCUUCAAAGUAGCUAGCUGAUCAAACCAAGGAAGAAAUUACUGUAAUAUAGCUAGAUAGCUGGGUGGCUUGGGUGGAAGAGAGAUUGAUCAUACAUACAUACAUACAUUCAACCAACUAUGGAUUAAUUGGGCACAAUUAUUUUUGUUUUCCCAUUUACAUACAGGAAUUAAUUCACCAUAUUGAAUUUUCCAACUGUUAUACUAUUUUUCAGUCAAUGUAAACCACAGGAUGUAUGUAUAUUCCAAAUGUCGGAAAAGUAUACUAAUAACAUUACUACAAUUACAACACAUUUUC